AGAAAACUAUGUUUUGAACCGUUCUCACUGUUUUAUUAAUCGUCAUCCCGCAUUAGGGGCGUCCCGCCCUCCAGGUCCGCGGCCUGCGCCUGCGGCGGGAUGCUGGACGUGGAGGACCUGAGCCCCGAGCAGACCACCUCCUUCGUCGACCACUGCCUGCAGCAGCCAGAGGGCUCGGCCCCCGCGGCGCGGUGGAGCGUGGCCGCGGCGCUCCAGCGCAGGGUGUCCUCCAAGAGGUGCUCGUCGGCGGAGGACCCCGCGAGCCCGACGAAGCCGCGCGCCGGCGACGGCUUCUCGGGGCGCCCUGCGCGGUCCCGGAGCGAGGUCCCGGCCGCGCUCGCGGAGUUCGCCUACGACGUCACGGGCGGCAGCCCGAGGGGCGUGCUGGAGCUGCUGAGCGAGAUGGAGCGCCAGCAGCUUCUCGUGCCUGCUGGCGCCGGACACCUGUCCCUCGCCAAGGGGUGCGCCGACGCGCGCUGGCUGCAGGACAACAUGAGGCCGCCCCAGUCGCUGCUGGCCAGGGCCUUCGCGCGCUUCGAGCGGCUGGGCCCGAAGCAGCAGGCAGUGCUGAAAGUGGCAUCCUCCCUGGAGCGCAGCUUCAGCGUCGCGGAGCUCCAGGCUGCGCUGGGGGACCUCAGCGCGGAGGAGUCGCGGGGCGCCAACUGCACGCCUGCACCGCUCCUGGCCGGGCCUAUCCUGGGUACAGGAGGUCCAGCGAGUCUGCGCCGGGCUCGCGGAGCGCGGGUCGCGGGCCCUGCGCCGGCUGCCGCAGCCCCGCCCGGACGGCCCGGAGCGCACGGAGGACGACCCGCCGUCGUCUCCUCGAGCGCCCCCGGUGCCGAGGAGGGUCUCGCGGCGCGCCAGCACCGCCGGCGUGCCCCGCUCUCCGGGGGGCUCGGACGGGGCGAGCGCCUCGCCGACGCGCGCCCGCCAGGUGAGCGGCACGGGCGUGCUGGGCGUGGCGGGCGCGCCCGGCGACAGGCAGCGCAGCGGGGGCCGGCGCGCCUCCCGGGAGGCAGCGCGGCGGAUGGACCCCAGGUGGGGCGGGGCAGAGCGCUUCGAGUUCUACUCGGCUGUGCUCCGCAACGUGGCCUCCAACUUGGUCUUGGAGUCCCAGCGGUCGCACAUCAUCCAGCGCAUGAGCCAGCAGGUCGGACAACUCGACGCUAUCUCCUGGUACGGGGCCUCGACGGAGGAGUCUUCCUCCGCACUAGGCGACGACAGCGAUGACGAGGGCAGCGAAAGCAGCAGCGCAUCGCUGUCCCGGAGUCCGUCACUGUCGUAGACAGGCAGUCGGCGACGCCGAGGUGCCCCCCUGCGUUCGGCGCUCGAGCGGGCACACCUGAGCGACGCGACGGCCCACCUCGACCCCUGCGCGACCCCUCGAGGCCCGAAGGGCUUUCGGAGGGCGGGCGCCAGGCGUUGCCCACCAC